UGCCUCCGCCAUGACCCGAUCAGGGAACCCUAUACCACUGCCGCUCUGUAUGGACUCUGAGUGGUGGAUUAUUGACAACCGUAGCCAUGAAUACAGUUUCCCAGUCUAUCAGUGCUUACCGUCUUGGGCGCGCCGAUCUGGCAUGUCACGAAUGAAUACCGGUGGAUGAGCUGAGCUCAAUAGCGUCCUGAAGCAGCAUUCGUUCGAGGCGGCCAGAUGCAUGAGGAAGAAACCUCUGUACUCGUAGCAUACCACGCAACCAUGUCAGUCUUCACCUACAUCCACUGGGGACCAGCUGCC